CUCUGUGCGUUCACAUCAUUCCUGCUCUCAUUCCGCACAUACUUCACAUCGCUGGAGAUUCACCUACUAUUUACAACUAUUUACUUUCUGAAAGCUGCCUGUGCUGACGGGGAAACUCGUCCUCUGGCUUUUUGAGCUUCACUUCUGUCUAUUAAAGCUUGAGCAAACUGGUCAAAAAGCACAGAUCAUUCAUUUUUAUGGGGUUUUCGGUUCAUUUAACCUUAAACUAACCUCAAGAGGACAGGACAGAGAGCAACCUCACCUCACCUCACUUCUGGACAUUUUCUGCGAUUUUUAAUCAAACCACCGACGUGAAAACUGGAUACAAAACAUCCUCGACGGAAGACGAAUCUACAACCGGUUUAAUUUCUUCUUCCCUGUUUGUGUGUCAGUCAUCGUCCAGACUUGGUUGCAGGUCCCAGGUAUCUCGAUGGACGCAGGCAGCUGGAGUGGAAGUGAGAGCGGAGGAGAGGAAGUGGAAAGGAUGAGUGACUCGAACGAAAAGCCCACCGACGGCGACGCAGAGGGCGUGUGGAGCCCCGACAUCGAGCAGAGCUUUCAGGAGGCGCUGGCCAUCUACCCGCCCUGUGGCCGCCGCAAGAUCAUCCUCUCUGAUGAAGGGAAGAUGUAUGGUCGUAAUGAACUGAUAGCCAGAUACAUCAAACUGAGGACUGGAAAGACAAGAACGAGAAAGCAGGUGUCCAGUCACAUUCAAGUUCUGGCCCGGCGGAAAUCCAGAGAGCUUCACACUAAACUUAAGUGUGUUUGUUUUGGAGGGGACCCAGUCUUUGAUCAAAGCGUGAAGGACAAAGCGCUCCAGAGCAUGGCGGCCAUGUCUUCUGCUCAGAUCGUGUCGGCCACGGCCAUUCACAGUAAACUGGGUCUGGCAGGCCUCCCUCAGCCCAGCUUCCCUGCAGCACCGGGGUUUUGGCAGCUGCCGACGGGCCAUCCUGGAUCCUCACAAGACAUUAAGCCGUUUACACAGCAGGCCUACCCCAUUCAGGCUGCCACGGCAUUAUCAGGUUACGAGCCUCCCAGAGCUCCUGCAACCACUCCUCCUGCAUGGCAGGGACGCUCCAUCGGCACGAGCAAACUGCGACUCAUCGAGUUCUCCUCAUUCCUGGAGCAGGAGAGAGACCCAGAGUCUUACAAGCACCUGUUUGUACACAUCAGCCAGACGAGCCACUCAUACAGCGACCCGCUGCUGGAGUCAGUGGACAUUCGCCAGAUCUACGAUAAGUUCCCUGAGAAGAAAGGAGGCCUCAAGGAGCUUUUUGGGAAAGGGCCACAGAAUGCCUUCUUCUUAGUCAAGUUCUGGGCGGACCUGAACUGUAAGGUCCAGGAGGAUUCGGGUGCGUUCUACGGCGUGACCAGUCAGUACGAGAGUCCAGAUAACAUGACCAUCACCUGCUCUACUAAAGUGUGUUCCUUUGGGAAGCAGGUGGUAGAGAAAGUGGAGACGGAGUACGCACGCUUCGAGAACGGCCGCUUUGUGUACAAAAUAAACCGCUCACCCAUGUGCGAAUACAUGAUCAACUUCAUCCACAAGCUCAAGCACCUGCCUGAGAAGUACAUGAUGAACAGCGUGUUAGAGAACUUCACCAUCCUGCUGGUGGUGUCGAACAGAGAAACCCAGGAGACGCUGCUGUGCAUGGCGUGUGUGUUCGAGGUGUCCAACAGUGAGCAUGGAGCUCAGCAUCACAUCUACAGACUAAUCAAAGAAUGAGACGCCGCUUCAACCUCUCUUUCUCUUACUUUCUCGCUCUCUCUCUCACACACACACACACACACACACACACACACGCACACACACACUAAAGACACUGAGCUGCUGCCCUGCUGGUCAGAGAGAGCCAGAGCGCAUCACUUCUUGUGUCUACUGAGGCACGAUGUGUGGCGCAUUCGCUACGAGCGGCUGUCCUGAUCGGCUCAGAGAGACUUUACACUCGGUGAUAAACUCGUAACUCUGAAGCGGCUGUGCCUCUGUGCGUAUAAACCCUCCGCUUCACUCGGUCACAGCUGGACGAUGCCUCUAAUGACUACAUUUUUGUCUUAAAUGUUCUGUAUUUUCUCGGUCUGCACGGGUGCAGGGAGUGACGGUGAAACGGAGGUACGUUUUGUUACAUUUUCCAUUUAAUACCGAUAUCCUGUCACUGAAGAAUAUUGUGUAUUUUUUAGUACAAGAGAAUUUACUCCUUAUUCUAAAAGGACGAGUGUAAUGUCUCAUUUUGUCCCUUGAAUAAAUCGUAGUCCUGUUUUGAGUUUAA